CUGCUACAAGGCAAGAUGGCAACCACACGAGGCUUCUCCAUCUUCUCCAAGAACACGCCGCCGGCCGAACUCUCGACGUCCUCGGCGGCCAAUGAGACGAGCGACAAGUCGGCAUACCUCGCCGCAGGCAAGUUUCCCUACGACACGCUCAUGGGUGACUGGACCAUCAUCGGCUCCAGUCUGGCGCUCUGGAAGAACCGAAGCGACGUCCUGUGUCGCUACACGCCCCACACGCUGCCGCGCGCCGACGCCGAGGCGGGCCAGCUCGACUUUUCCGACGAGAUCUGGUACGAGCAGCUCGACGAGGCGGGCACGCACCUGCCGGGCAAGGGGGCGCGCCGCGAGGUGCAGAGCAUGAUCCGCGGCCGCAACCGCCUCGACACUUCGGGCGCCAACCACGCCUCGUUCUUCUGGCGCGGCUACUGGCUCCUCAAGCCCUUUACCUCACGCUGGCAGGUUCUCGCAUUCAGCGACAAUUUCCUGGACGAGCAGGCACAGGAGCAGUCGAGCGAGCCCGUCUGGAUCGUCACCUACUUUACCGCCACCUGGUUCACCGACGCAGGCAUCGACCUGUAUGCGCGGGGCAACGUCAGCGAGGCGCAGUACGACACCAUCCUCGAGGCCCUCCGCACGCACCCGGGCGACGACGAGGCCUCAAAAGAGCUCAGAAGCCUCGCCGAGCAGAUGUUUAGGAUUCCCACAGGCAACGUCUGAGCUCACUCGUCGCUCUCAUUUCUCUAUUAGAUUGUCAUUGCGCUUUUGUCCCAAUAGUACUGCUUCAUUAUGGAUUAGUCUCUCUCCACAUCCACACCUCCUCGACGAGAGUGUGUCAGUGUCAUGCCUACGCUUGCGACGGCGGUUUGAUCAGCCGCUGCGGCGGCAGCACCCUGACGGGGUUUUCUUUAGUCCAGUUCUGCUCAGGCACGCCGCGCUGCCGAUUGAUGUCGAGGAUGAUUUCCGUCGUGUUCCUGCCCUGGAUCUUGUCCCACUUGGCCUCGCAGUUGGACCGGUCGUACUCAAACGAGGCCUG